AGAGAGAGAGAGAGAGCGUGUUUUACCACUUUUGACUGUCGGCAGUGUCACUGCUCCUUUGAGCUUUUGGCAGUAGAGGCAACUCCACUCGCUCGCUCCACACACGCGGUGGUAACAAGCUGACUGAACCUUCUCCACUUCAGCUCAAACUCCACUCCACGGACUACUUCAACAGGACGGCUGCUAAUCUGCCUUUUCUCUGGUGGUUUUAAGAGCUUUUCAAAAAGUUCAAAUGCUUUUUCCCUCAUCCCUCAUGGACUUUUUCCCUCCUACAUCUGCAGUUCAGAUGUGUGGGAAAUGACAGAUAUGUUUGCUUCAAAUGCUGCAGGACGCGGGAUGUGAAUGACUUUCAGGAUGAUUGAAGGAGAGGUGAAACAGAAUUGAUGCUGUUGUUCAAGAUUUGGAGAUACGGUGGUAUAAAAUGCAAGAUUAAACGCAACAUCAUCAUGGUAUCACAAUUGCUUUAGACAUAUCCAGCACCUAUCUACGUCUCUUUGCUGCUGCUGGUUUCUGAUAUUCAGUCUGAAAAAUUGCAUGCCUUGAUCUCCGAAUACUGAAACAUGGAAACUCUGAUAAGCACCACUCUACCAUCCAAUGUGAGCAGCAGUCUAUCAAACAAUACGACAUCUCCAGGGAUUGAAGGAGAUGGGUUGAAGUCCUUGGUGCUGUUCAUCAUGGUGAUCAUCGUCACCAUUAUCGUCGUAGGUAACCUUUUGGUCAUCAUCGCUAUCACACGCACCUCCCAGCUGCAGACCACGACAAAUAUCUUCAUCAUGUCUCUGGCAUGUGCUGACCUAAUAAUGGGAGUGCUGGUGGUGCCACCGGGUGCCACAAUAGUCGUAACAGGGGAAUGGCAACUCAGUAAGACUGUGUGUGAGUUAUGGACAUCGGUUGAUGUUUUAUGCGUAACCGCCAGCAUAGAGACCCUUUGCAUCAUUGCAGUGGAUCGUUAUAUUGCAAUCACGCGGCCUCUGCGGUAUAAACUGCUUCUGAAUAAGUGCAGGGCUCGAAUUAUUGUUUGUGUCAUUUGGCUGGUCUCAGCUCUAAUCUCCUUCGUCCCUAUUAUGAAUCAGUACUAUCGUAUGGAGGAUGACGUGAAAGCAAAGAAAUGUUAUGAAGACCCCAAGUGCUGUGAUUUAGAAAUAAACAUUCUCUUUGCUAUCAUUUCGUCAGUGGUUUCGUUCUACAUCCCACUACUCAUCAUGAUUUUCAUCUACGCACGUGUCUUUCUCAUUGCCACACGACAAGUGCAGCUCAUCGUCAAGAACCGCUUGAGAUUCCAAAACGAGUGCAAGGGAAAUCAGGCACUGCCGACGCUCCAAGGCAACAACAACUUACCUUCGACGUGCAAUAACGUCGGAGGAAUGAUGGCGAGGCGGAAAAGUUCCCAGAGGCGACCGUCGAGAUUGACCGUCGUCAAGGAGCACAAGGCCCUCAAGACGCUGGGCAUCAUCAUGGGUGUCUUCACACUCUGCUGGUUGCCUUUCUUCAUGGUGAAUGUAAUUAUGGGGAUCAAACGAGAGGUGUCGAACCAGGAAGUUUUACGUCUCUUAAACUGGUUAGGCUACAUCAAUUCCGGCCUCAACCCCAUCAUCUAUUGCCGAAGCCCAGAGUUUCGUGCAGCCUUCAAGAACCUUCUUGGCUGUCCCUGGAUACCCUCUCUGAAAAUGAACUUCCUUUACAAGGGGCUUCAGAAUCGAUGCCCCUGCUUGUUAGGGUCUGCUGAGCCAGGAAUGCCUGGAUCGUUCCAGAAGCCCCCCAAAUCACAAGAGACACUGCCUGAGGACGGGAGCAGCCAGAGCAGCUACAGGAGCGAGGAGCCAUCGCCGGGACAGCCGCACUCCAACGGAAGCACCUUCUUCAGUGAAUUCUCCGAAGCCGAGGCAUAGUUCUGUAACCUACAUGGGCAGGAUGGCUGAAAGUCCCUAGCACGACUGAAAGAAAAGGACGCUGAGGAAGAAGCAGGCAAAAGGACUGACCUACAUCACAGUUGGCUGGACUUCCCCAGCAGAGACCACAAGGGCCCAGGAAAACAUCCAUGAAGCCAUCAGGGGAGCCUGCUCCAAAAAUGAAAGACAAAAGAGUGCACAGAUAUAACCACAGGGAGACAAGUGCUGAGAGAAAUUUCUCACAAACAGCCCGUCUUUGGAGAGAACAACUGAACUGGUACUGCUCAUGGAGGAGUGUAGCACGGAGCGAUCUGAAACUGCUUACGUUCUAUCAAACCGCGGAGUUCUGGCGCGAUCCACUUCAGCCCAGUUUGGUCCGGUUUGUUUGGCAAAAAGAGAAUCAGACCUGUAGGUCCUCCAACAUGUGUUUCAGUGCUAUGUUCUGAGAAUGGACUUCUUCAAAUAUAUGGACACCACAAUAACUCUGAAUAGACUCUUUAAGCACAGUGUGUUUUUUAAAUAUAAAAAGUUUAGAUUUUGUACAAAGUCCUAUACUAAAUUAUUAUUAUUUAUUUUAAUCCCCACAUUUUAGCUGUGAAUGUGUAAAAUGCUUGCAACAAUAAUAUAUCCAUGUUGUACAGGUUAACACUUCAGCAGUCCACUGAUUUUUUUUUUCCAGUCCAGCCAACUCAAUAUAUAAGCUACAAGAUUUCCCGCUCUAAAAACUGAGAACGUUGAGAGCAUGUGGACAGCUUCACCAAUUUGAACAGGAGCGUUCGAAUUUGGUUGCUGUGCAGUUGAGUGUAAAUUGUGUAAAAUUGAAAACAGACAAUGAGAGGAAGGCCAAUUCUUCACUCAAUCACUCACUCAAAAAAAAAAAAAAAAAAGGGGAUGCACUGAUAUAAAAACUGUGGUCGUUACUAAUAAAACAAUAAUUAUUUCCAUGGUACAGCUGAUGACCAAUGAAUAGCUGAUGUAGAAAUUCUACUCUGUUUAGUUUUAAUAAAUACCUUUGCUAAAUAUUACAAUUAAUAUGAUUAAUUACUACCAUUUUCUCUCAAUAAAAAAAUAAAGAUAUUAACACUUUUUUUGGGACCAAUUCUCACUACUAAUAACUAAUAAACUGUUUAUUAUAAAGCACAUAUUCUGAUCAUAUUCUCCCUCCCAAAUCCUACCCAAUACUUAAACUUAACAACUACCCUUCUAACUAUUACUAAGCAGCAAAUUAAGAGUUAAGCUAAAGAGAAGCUAAAGUUGUAGUUAAUGGUUUGUUAAUAGCAAGAAUCGAACCUUAAAAUAAAGUGUGACCAUAAAGUUUGUAUUACAAUUAACAGUGAUUACGAAACUUGAUUUAGAUGUAAUCAAGUAUACACAAUUACACACAAAAAAAAAGUGGUGCAGAAACAAUUUUCACUCAGAAAUUGCUAGUAAGUUGUUCAUAAAGAAAAGGCAAAUAACACAUUGAAUUAAAAAUAUUUAAAUAUUUUCUUGUAAAACAUAUUCUAACCUGUUUAAUUUUGAAAUAUCACUUUUUACAUAUCCAAUAUUGAGGGUUAACAAUAAAUAAAGAAGAAUAUUUCAUAUUAUCAAAUGACCUGUACUGUAUCAUGCAUCCCUAUUCAAAAAUCAUGUUAUAUGUAUCUGUUUUGCUGGCUCAUGUUAAAUGCUGCUAUUUUUAGUUUCUUGUACUCCUCCAACCAUUGCAAUGUACAGGACUCUACGCACAAUAUUGCUUUUAUUAUAGGCUUACAACACAAGAAGCACCUGAACCUCAUAUUUUAGAAUAUAUUUUUGACAUUGUGGGCCGAGAGGGAACACAUUCACCAAUUUGUUGUAUAAUAUGACUUCCUAUGCUUAAUGUGAUGCUUGCCAAAAAAUGUAGUUUUGGAAUUUUUCCUGUUUGCACUGAUCACAAUGCCAUCUCAUACCAAGUCGAAACAGACCACUUCCUCUUUCACUGAAUUUCCUCUGUAACGGCUUGAAUUACAGUCUAUCAAAAUGUCUUUUCUAGCAAGGACUGGACAGUUGUGGCAGGACAGAGAAGAGGAUUUUAGGUACAGUACAUUUGUUUUUUUCCGGGUUUUUCAUCAGGUACAGUGGUAGAUAUAAAUGUAUUAUUUAAGUGACAAUGCAAAAGGAAUCCAGAAGUGAAAUUUCAGAUGAAUACCGAUUGAUAUGAAAUACAUUUUAAGCAAUCACAACUUUAAGAAGACUAUCUUUGAAAAUCUGUACAUAAAACCCUCAUAAGUGUAUGUAAUUAUAUGUAUGUGGGGCAAAAGAAUGUUUGAGCUGACAGAAAUGCUCAAAACUACAAAAUAAAAUAAUAAUAAAAAAAUAUAUUCAA